ACAUUCAACAUUAGGUUGUCAAAUUUUAUAGUUAUACUGAAAGAUUUUGUUUUGGCAACUUUUAAAUAAAUUUUUAGUAAUAUGAGUCGAAAUAAAAAAUGUCCUGAUAAAACGAAUUUAUUAGUUUACACAAAACCGCAGGGAGAUGAAGGAGACAAAGCUGGUAAACUUAAAAAGUGCAGAAAAUCUGCCACGUACGAAGCGACUAUAUCCAGGGUACCUCCAAAAAUUAUUAAAAUAUGUACAGGCGCUGAAAUGAAAAAAAUGUGCCCACCUCCAUGCGACUGUCCAAAAAUCAUAAAAGCAGCUAACAAAAACGGUGGGCUUUUGGGUUUCCUUCUAUUCGGUUUAAAAGUAGCAAUUGCAGCUGGAGUUAUAUACGUUACUUACGACUUGGGAAUUUGGGGAAGUACUGAAGAUACACAAAAUUUAUAUAGAAAGUAUUGUGCAGCAAAAGGUUUACCUCACAAAAAAAAUGAUAAAUGGGAAACGCCGUCAUGUGAGGCUCAAAAAGGUUUGUUCGAGGCCAAAGUGUUGCACCCAUAUGCACAUUGCGACAAUCCCCCUUUUGAUUCAUCACGAUCAUACUACAACUUCCAAAACAAGUGGAAUAAUGGAGUACAAACUGUAUUUGGAGCAAUAGCUGGUUUUCCUUAUAAUAUUAUUGAUUGGUCCCGUAGAAAAGAGAUUGUAGAGGAUCAGCCCAAAUGCAUUCCUUACAGUGAUCUACCAGAAUCGCAAAGGGUCGUAACUUCGUAUAAAUAAAUAAAUUAGUUGGCGUACAUAUUGACACAUUAUUUUGUAAAUAUACUAAACAUUAAUUAAUUUGUACAUUAUUAAUAAAACUAGGCAGUUUUGUUUUUUAACA